AAAGAUGUCCCUAUGUUGGAGGCACCAUAGUAAGGACUUCUUUAUCCAAACUGUAUUUCAUGGAACCAGCGCCACCUAAUCCGAGGUCGUGGCUCUGGUAUUUCUCCACGACUGCCCAGCAUCCCGGCGUUACCCUCAGGGCUGGUGUCGUGACAAGGCAAGUUUCUCCAUUAUCUUGG